AGUAUAGAGAGGUUUUAGAGUAAAAAAACUAAAAUCAAACGUGAUGUGGCUAAUAUUCCUCCUCAAACAAAAGAGACUACUUCUAGUGAACCAAAAAAUGAAUCAAAAUCAUCAAAAAUUUCAUAAAAUGGCCACUACUACUACUUCUCAUCAGUUUUAGCUGAAUUACAUAAAAUGGCCACUACUACUACUUCUCCUUCACUUUCUUUAAAUCAUCAUCGUUCUUUAAUUCCAACAAAACAAAAUGGGGUUUCUUGGAAUUCAAGAAUUAGUGUUCCUAAACGGUUUUACUCAAGUGGGUUGACUUCAAGAAUCAAAGUGAGCUCUGCUGUUGCUUUAGAACCGGAAUUGAGAACUCCAGCUCAGGAUGCUACAGAAGCUGAAUUUUUUGCUUGCCCAAUUUGUUACGAACUACUUAUGAGAAAAGGCCCUUCAGGAUUUAACGUACCAGCAAUCUACAGAUCGGGCUUCAAAUGUGAUAAGUGUAACAAGUCAUAUUCAAGCAAAAAUAUCUACCUUGAUCUCACUGUUACCUCCGGAACAAAAGAAUACAGUGAAUCUAAGCCAACUCGGACUGAGCUAUUCAGGAGUCCAGUUGUUUCAUUCUUGUAUGAGAGAGGCUGGCGUCAAGCAUUUAACCGAAGUGGUUUUCCUGGUCCUGACGAAGAGUUUAAGAUGGCUCAAGAGUACUUUAAAGUUGCUGAAGGUGGUGUUCUUGUUGAUAUUAGCUGCGGUAGUGGGUUGUUUUCCAGGAAAUUUGCCAAAUGUGGGGCCUACUCAAGAGUCGUUGCACUUGACUUUUCUGAAAACAUGCUUCGCCAGUGUUAUGAUUUCAUCAAGAAUGAUGAGAGCAUCAUAAGCUCCAAUCUAGCUCUUGUAAGGGCAGAUGUUUCCAGAUUGCCUUUCUUCUCUGGAUCAAUUGAUGCUGUACACGCAGGUGCUGCCUUGCAUUGCUGGCCAUCUCCGUCCAAUGCAAUUGCUGAAAUCAACCGGAUUUUGCGUAGCGGGGGUGUAUUCGUUGGCACUACAUUUCUUCGAGUCAAUCCUUCUGCUCCUACGAUAUUUAGAGCUUUGGAGCAGAGUGCUACACGGACCUACAGCUAUUUCACUCAAGAGGAGAUUGAAGACUUGGUGACAACCUGCGGUCUCAUCAACUAUACCAGUAAAGUUCAGGGCUCUUUUAUCAUGUUUUCCGCACAAAAAUGCUGAUCUUUGGCUGGUUUAAAGUGUGUUACUACGAUGUGCAAUGUAUCUCAACCUGUAGAUAAUAGUAAAGUUGAUUCAGGCAGUUCAAGAACAUUCUUUAUUGUGAAUAAUACUGCUGGUAAAGACAAUGUAACUGAACACGCGAGUGGCGUAUCAGCACAUGUAAUAUGCAUUUAGUUCUUGUCCCACCUGGUUUAUUGGAAUAUACUUGUAUAUUUUUACUAGUCGUGAAUUGAGCUUUGUAAUUCAGACAGUGCAUAUGUUUUGAUACUUGAUAAGUUGUGCUAUGA